AUGAGACAGAGCGGCGCCUCCCAACCCCUGCUGAUCAACAUGUACCUGCCAGAUCCCGUCGGAGACGGUCUCUUCAAGGAAGGAAAGAGCCCGGGGUGGGGGCCGCUGAGCCCCGCGGUACAAAAAGGCAGCGGCCAGAUCCAGCUGUGGCAGUUUCUGCUGGAGCUGCUGGCUGACCGCGCGAACGCCGGCUGCAUCGCGUGGGAGGGUGGCCACGGCGAGUUCAAGCUCACGGACCCAGACGAGGUGGCGCGGCGCUGGGGCGAGCGCAAGAGCAAGCCCAACAUGAACUACGACAAGCUGAGCCGCGCGCUGCGCUACUACUAUGACAAGAACAUCAUGAGCAAGGUGCACGGCAAGCGCUACGCCUACCGCUUCGACUUCCAGGGCCUGGCGCAGGCCUGCCAGCCGCCCCCCGCGCACGCUCACGCCGCCGCCGCCGCCGCCGCCGCCGCCGCGGCCGCCGCCGCCCAGGAAGGCUCACUCUACAAGCUGCAGCCCAGCCUGGCCCCACUGCCCUUCCCCGGCCUCUCCAAACUCAACCUCAUGGCCGCCUCGGCCGGCGUCGCGCCCGCCGGCUUCUCCUACUGGCCGGGUCCGGGCCCCGCCGCCGCCGCCGCCGCCACCGCCGCGCUCUACCCCAGCCCCGGGUUGCAGCCCCCGUCCGGGCCCUUCGGCGCGGUGGCCGCCGCCUCGCACCUGGGGGGCCAUUACCACUAG